CUUCAACCCAUCCUCAAACCAACCUGAACUACACAAGAACCUCAAUUGCCACCACCACAGCACUUCACUCUACUCAACAUGUCGUCCAUCAUCCGCACCUCGAUUGCCCGCCAGGCCCGGCUUUUCUCCACUUCGCCCGCUGCCCGCAAGUCGGUCACCGAAACCCUCAAGGAGCCGCUCAAGAAGGUUGACAGGAUUGUCUCGGAUGCCGCUGUCAAGGGCAUUGAGACCGGAGAGAAAGUCACAGAAGCCGCCAAGUCUACCAUCGGCUCCAAGAGCAGCGAAGCCUCAGGAGAAGCCUCCAAACUCGGCAGCGAAGCCAGCGGCAAGUCUUCCGAGCUCACUGGCGAGGCGAAGGGCAAGGCCUCCGAGCUAGCCGGCAAGGCUAAGGGCGCGAAGGAGGAGAUCAAGGGAAAGAUUUGAACAGCUCGAACGACAUGGAUCAUCACGGGGUUUCUGAAUGUCAAUAGCAGAGCGUGAAAUGAUAAUUGUGUAUCAUAGCAU